CAUUCGAUUAGUCCCGGACGAGACUUGGUUCAGAUCUCCUGUGCCGAAAAACCCGUGCGGCGCGGUGCGAGUGCGUUUUUUUGGGGUUUACUUUGCACGAUUCCAGGACCACUCCGGUCCUCCUGACGGUACCGUCGCGUCCAAUCACCGAAGCGCCACGUGCAGUGGUCUACCACACACAUACGGAAAUAUCGGGUGCUACUGAACGGGACUUAUGUAGUAAGGAUUCAGGUAGAAUAGCAGCGAAACGUGGAGCUCGAAGAAAGAAAAACAGUGCAAUUGUAAUGGAUUUCUGCUGGGUCCACUGGUUCAGCGAUUCCUGAUGAAUUGUUAGAGAGGCAUAUCACGGCCACGGUGGCUUAUCUUCGGUCCGCAGAAACGACCACUACAGCAGAUAUUUGCUGAAGUGAAUGUUUAAUGUAGUGGAAAGAAGCUGGUGAGCUCUUUUUCCCCCAUGACAGCUUGUGGUUAGCUUGAAGUGGUGGAUAAGGCGUAUGUGAAGAAAAUUUGGAUGAUUGUUUGGUUGGUGGUUUUCCGUGGGCUCGGAAGUUGAUGUGUACUGUUAUCACGACAACUGAGAGGAAUAAAAUUAGCCAACUAGUAAAAUGUGAGAGAAAAAAAAAACAAACAUCUGAAACUUGUGAAUUAUUAGCUAUAUGACAAAUGAAGAUAUCAUGAGCGAAUAUCAAGGAGUCAAAUGACAACAGAUCUGGAGCAGUUUGAACUCGAUCUUUUGUCGUAGGAAAAUGUUUAGUGUCAGUUUCCCAGCAAGAUAACAGAACUGGUCCAGACAGAUUGCUUGUGAAGUUUUGAAUGGAAUGAACAGUACGAGAGUGUGAGCAAUUAAAUAAAACUCGUGGACAGAACAUGGGCAACGACAAAAAAACGCGUUGAAUAAAUUAAACUUAUAACUCUAGGGCUCAGCAAAAUGCUGGUGGUGAGAGUUCCCGGCUUCUACGGAUAGCGAUAAAUUCGGUAUAUACCAAACUGAACAGAAUAGAAUAAUAUCGACAAAUUAGUUGAAAAGAGUUCUGCAAACUGCACUUUAGCAGUCCGGAAUCUGUGGACAGCAAAGAAUUAAAGCUGAAAAAUCAUUCACAAUACAAGAGAGAAAUGUGCACAUCAUGAAUUUAAUUCGAUUUUAAUGAGUAAGUGAUGUGAACAAGCGGUCUGCGGCAAUGAGCUGGAGUAUUUGUCCCCAUAUCGAAUUGAAACUUACGAUGAAUGGGAAUGCCAGUAGCAGCGAAAAAAAUAAAAUUAAAAACUGAUACCGGAAUCGGAUGCAGUAUCAGGAAAAAAGCGGAUUUCGGGAGUAGAUUGAAUUUUUUUACCGCUCUGGUUUUCUAUUUCCGAAAGUUAUGUAAUUGAAGUGAAUUCUGUGCAAGUGGAGCGGUCUGCGAAUUGGUGCGCAGCAUACGAGCGACAACUAGCAAACUGUGCCAUACAAAGUAAAAACUGUAGGUACUGUAUAAUUUAUUUGCAAAUUGAUGAACAAAAGCGCUGCGAAUGGAACGGCUUCGCUGACCGCUGACGACGGCCGGUAAUAGUUUUGCGGGUGGGAACACAGCUCGAAACGGCUGCUGGAAAUGACCAGAACAAUUUUCGCUCCAACCGGAAGUGAAUUGACAUUGAGUGGUGGAGAGACCAAAUUGAUGAGAAAAGUGGGUUCCAGUCAACCCGCCUAGAGUGCUUUUUGGCUGUGCUUUUGUGAGUUGACAGUGACAUGAUGGGUGAAGCACAGUCGAAAUGGAUCCACAGCCACACGGAGCAACGUCGUGCCGUUCUUGUAUGAUCAGAACGUCUUCUCAGCCAGCGUUCGCCGAAGCGACCAGCAGCAACACGCAACACGCGCGAUGGUGCUGUACGAGAGAACAACGAUCGACAGUUUCCUGUCACGAUACACAGCCGUCACCUCGAUUCCGGGCACCGGAUCGACGGGCACGAUCGAUGAUCUGUUCUACAAUUUCACCCCGACGGCGGUGGCGAGCACGGUUACCGCCGGGAACGAAACGGACAGCGUAGCGGAAAGUGAACCCACCUACUCGUUGCUGCAAAUCAUCGUGCUCGGUAUUAUUGCUACCGUGCUGAGCAUACUGACGGUGGCCGGCAAUGUGAUGGUGAUGAUUUCGUUCAAGAUCGACAAACAGCUACAAACAAUCAGCAACUAUUUUUUAUUCUCGCUUGCCAUUGCGGACUUUGCGAUCGGACUGAUAUCGAUGCCACUGUUUUCGGUAACGACGCUGCUAGGAUACUGGCCGCUGGGGCCCCACAUAUGUGACACGUGGUUGGCCCUGGAUUACCUGGCAUCGAACGCGUCUGUGCUGAAUCUGCUCAUCAUUAGCUUUGAUAGGUACUUUAGCGUAACUAGGCCUCUAACAUAUCGAGCGAAGCGUACAACGACCCGAGCAGCGAUCAUGAUCGGAGCCGCGUGGGGCAUCAGUUUACUGCUGUGGCCUCCGUGGAUCUACAGCUGGCCCUACAUCGAGGGGAAACGGACGGUGCCGGAGAAGGAGUGCUACAUUCAGUUCAUCGAGACCAAUCACUACAUUACCUUCGGCACGGCGAUAGCGGCCUUCUACGUACCGGUGACGGUCAUGUGCUUCCUGUACUAUCGAAUAUGGCGGGAGACGAAAAAGCGGCAGAAGGAUUUGAAGAACCUCACCGGCGACCGGAAAAAGGAUUCCUCCAAGCGGUCCAAUUCGAGUGAUGAGAACACGGCGGUCAAUCACUCGGGCGCGAUAGCGCAACUGACCAACGCCGAUCCGGACGGCUGGCGGAGACCACGAAGCGAGUCGUCGGCGGAUGCGGAAAGUGUCUAUAUGACCAACGCGGUAAUCUCGGAUUCGGGCUACGGCCACGGGAUGCUCUCGCGGCGUUCUAGUAUCACCACGAAUGGACUGCCUAGAAAACCGACCUCAUUUUACGGUGGCAUCAAGGAGUGGUGUAUCGCGUGGUGGCACUCGGGCCGGGAGGAUUCCGAGGAAUAUGGGUACGAAGCAGAAGAACCUUCGGAUCUAGGGUAUGCAACACCUGUAUCCAUAGAAACUCCCUUACCAAGCUCAGUUACCAGAUCCACAUCGUUGAACGUCAUCCGGGAUCCAUAUUCGACGACAGCUCGAGGAAAUGUUGUGAGUAUGAUACCGGACAUUUCACCGACGCCAAUGCGACCCGCAUUGGCACCGAUGUCCCACCUGCAGGACAUGCAUGGACCAAGAGAUUCCCGCUCACUACCCAAUAGCAAUCGACUGGGCUCACGUUCGGUGAGCCAAGAUUCUGUAUAUACGAUCCUGAUACGUUUGCCGCCGGAAGGUGGAUCCGGAGACGAGCGAGCACCCUCGAUCAAGAUGAUUCAGGACGAUGUGCCAAUGUCGAUGACGGUUCCACCGAGACGACCGCUGCCUUCGCGAGAUUCGGACUACAUUCUCCCGAUCGGGAGAAGACAAUCGACGGCGACGACGGACAUUCGGCUGCCGCUGACGACGAAAAUUAUUCCGAAACCGCUGUCCAAGCAGCAACAGAUUCACCAGGCCAACAUGCUGCAGACGGCACGGCAGGUGAAGAAGAAGAAGAAAUCUCAGGAAAAGCGCCAGGAAACCAAAGCGGCCAAAACACUGUCGGCCAUUUUGCUCAGCUUCAUCAUCACGUGGACGCCGUACAAUAUCCUGGUGCUGCUGAAACCGCUGACGGCCUGCACCAAGUGCAUACCCCAGGAAUUGUGGGAUUUUUUCUACGCCUUGUGUUACAUCAACUCGACCAUUAACCCGGUAUGCUACGCGUUGUGCAAUGCGUCCUUUCGGCGGACGUACGUGCGAAUUCUGACGUGUAAGUGGCACACCCGCAAUCGCGAAGCGAUGACACGCGGUGUCUAUAACUAAGUUACUCGACGUCACGCACACAUACUAAUCACGAAGGAGGUAUUCCGAAUGCUUGGCGAAGAAUCCAAUUCGAUUAACAAUAUCAGUCAUCAGUGUAUAUGAUAGAUACUAUAGUGAAACAAAGAACUACUGAAGUAUACCCUUCAAACUAAAUUAGAAGAUUAGAAGAAAAAUAUAAAUGUGCUAAAAUAGGAAACAUCUCCUCCAGUAGCGUAAGUUUUCGUCGAACUGAUUUUGAAACUUCUAUAAAUUUGUGUAUUCUUAAUUGUCAAUACGUCAUCUCAACUCAACAAGGCGAUUGGUUGUUUUACGGCCUAAACACACAUUUCGAACGAACUCAUGAAUUCAAUCGCCUGUCAUCCGUUUACUUUUUAUGUAGGUACUGCAUGCUUUCUGUAAUAGUUUCUUUUUCGUAGCUCGUAAGGUUUAGCACUUUCAGUGUUUUGUUCAUCCUAUCACUUUUGGACGAAUAUUAUCUGUUUUGUCAUAAUCGAGAGACAAUUUACUGUGAAUAGCCAUAACGGUUGCUACUUCAUUUAAUAAAUGUUUAUAGGCUUGAUGAAAUCUCCCACGGUUGCCACUGAAAACUGACGUUGAGGUAGUAAUGUUUUCAACGUGUAUAAGAAUACUAACUGUCGUUUUGAAUUGACAUCAGCAGGUAGUAACUUGCAGCUACACGGAAAAAAAUUGUUCCCAAAAUCUUGAAUAAAGUGCCAUGAAUUCUUGAACAAUCACGUUUUUACGUUACGAAAACAGGACCAUGACCAAAUAUCAUGGCUUUUAUAAUUAUGUUCAAUUUCCCUUUAGUAACGCCCGCAUAACGCUUUCAUUAGUGGAAAUUUGAUUUUUUGUGAACUUCAGUCACGGUUUCCGUCAAGAACUAGUUCACAACUUUAUGAACAUUAUUCAUAAAACUCAUGAUUUUUUCAUAGUUAUAGGAAUAAUAGUUCAAAAUAUUCUGGCUAUUUUUUCGUGAACAAUUUCACGAAAUUCGGAAUUUUAUUCAUGAAUCCAUUCAAUCCUCGUGAACUAAUUCAUGAUCCCUGAAAUAUUGGUCACGAUCCAAUAUCCGUGCUCGUAAAACGGUUCACAAAAUCAUGAAAUAUUAUUCAUGUAUUCGUGAACUGGUUCAUGAUUCCUAGCACAUGAUUUACGAACUAUCUAGCAUCUAUUUGCGUGCUUGUUAUAUUUAGAAGAUAUCCCUAAUCAUUUACAAUUUCAUGCAACAUUGUAAUGAAAUUUUUACGUGAACUAUCACAAAAGUUGGAGUAUUAUUCGUGGAAUCAUUUUUGUUCCAGGCACUUUUUUAUAAAAUACCCAGCUGCUAGCGACCAGUAAUAGGUACGAGCAGUAGAUAUAAAAAACUAUUAGAACCUCGAACAUCGUUAUUCAUUUGAUAAGGUUCAUUGUGAUGUCUGGACAGAAAACGAAAACUGCACUGAGAACCCUAUAUAGUGUGCGUGAUAUAGUUUACAGAACCACAUAUGAGCGACCGAAAAUAAAAGACGCAAGGAUAGAACAUGCUUCACAAAAAACUUCAAGCACAAAAAUCGGACAGAAAUUCUUCAGCAUAAGAAUCGCUUGAAAAGUUUUCACCCAUAAAACUCGGCAAGGAUGAACCGUCAGUAUAAAAAUCGUUUUAAAAUAAUUAAAUCGUUCGUAGGAGCAUCCGUAUAUCUUGAUGUUCAAGAUUAAAAGUCGGCUAAACAAAGUUACUUUGUAAGAAUCGGAUUUAUUUCUUUCCUGUUCUUUUACUGAAGGUUUUUUUAUCCGACUGUUACAAAGAAAUGUUCCAGUCUGAUUUUUAUGCUUGAAGUUUAUAUCCGGUUUUUAUAUUCUAAUAUAUUUGAAACGGGUUUUACGAACCAUGUUCUGUCCUUGCGACUUUUAUUUUUGGUCGCUCAUAUCUCGAGAAUAAGUCUUAUUUUAAUGAUUUAGUGCAUAUUGUCACGUUAUUUCGAGUAAAAAAAUAUUAGUAACCAAAAAAUAAUCGAUCACGAUAAGGCGAAGAGAAUUUACGAAUAUCAUGAUAAAACUGCUGAUAUUAUGAACAUUAGUUACACUCUUUGAAAGUAAGCUCUGAAAUAAAAUAUCAUGAUAACAUGAACAGAACUUACGAAAAUCGUGACUAAGAUCCUGAAAUCAUGAACACAAAUCACACAACUAGUGACAAAAAUAUCUAAAAUCGUUACCAAGAUCCUGAAAUCAUGAACAUGAAUUGCUUUAUUCAUGACUAAAAUAUCACGAUAACAUGAACAGAAUUUUCCAAAAUCGUGACUAAGAUCCUGAAAUCAUGAACAUGAAUCACACAACUCGUGACAAAAAUCCUGAAAUCAUGAACAUGAAUCACUCUACUCAUGACUAAAAUAUCACGAUAACGUGAAUGGAAAUUACGAACAUGAUCUUGAAAUCAUGAACAACGUUUGACUGUCGACUGUAUUUCCAAAUCAUGAACAAGAUUCGCAACAAAAACUAAACAUGUCCAGGGAACAACAACAGUAACGCAACCAAACAUUCUAGUGUAACUGGUUUUUAGGAAACAAAUAGUUUCAUGAAUACGAGGUUUAUUAUUCAUAAUUUCAGGAAUUUGAUCACGGUUUUUGUAAAUUGUUCAGUUCACGAAAUAGUGAACUUUUGUUCAUGAAUUUAUGAAUGGAUUUUUUUCCGUGUAGCAAAACUCUAGAAAGACAACUGCUGAGACUCCAUUUUGGAUUGAUUGGAUUUGCGUUUAGCAGUCAAAUAACGAAUCCAAUCGAAUACUGCCUAUCUUUAUAACAUUGGACGUGUUACCUUAUAAUGCCGAGGCACACGUUGUUUUUCUUUCCGUAUUUCACUUUCUAUAGCAAGCAAGUAUUGGACUAACAAUUCCUUCCCUUUCCUUCCGCGAUCAACGUUCGGGCCUGGCCGGCGCCGGUAUUGAUCAAUAAACACUUUAGGAUUACCAGGAGUUGCACACUUAAUUUUGUUCUACCGAAUCCCUGCUUUUUUCGCAACUUUUACCGAGUUUUACACAGCUGAGCACUCAGCUAACAAAGCUUUUACCGACAUCUCAGUAGAAGUGACGUUUGUUUUGCUGAAAGUUGGAAAAUAUAUCACUGAAAAUCAGUAAAUUUAAGCCACUUUGCUGAACUAUCUGUAGAAAAACUUUACUGACUGUUCAGCUGUGCGAAAAUUACCGAACUGAAUUGAGUGUGUGCACACUGAAAGAUGUUUCGCUACUCCCAAGUAUAAUUAUCUACUGAUUCCCUGUGCAACUUCAGCUAGUCCAGAUCGAUAACGAAAUAGCAGCCAGAGGUGGUCGCGCAAGCUCAAGCUCAAGGCAGUUUACACCGCAAAUCGUGUUUUCCAGAGAUGUGCUACAAAAAGCUACAUCACCGAGUCGCUUGUCGAUUCUUUUGCGUGAAAAAAUUACAGAAUGUUAUUGAAAUGGCACAUUAUAAUACACAAAAGUUUUGGUCUAUUCGCUUCACCUAAAGUUCUUACAAAAAAAUUCUUGCUAAAAACCUUACCCCGCUUUAAAUGUUUACAAGCUUUUUGGAACGAUUUGUCCUAACUCAUAUGUCUUGUGUCUCAAUAAUCAAAUAAACAGACAGUUUACUGUGUCUCAUAGAUAUCCAAUUUCGGUUGUUAGUAAUGGUACUACCGCAUUAUGUUUUGUACUGCACAGUCGGGUGGGAGAGAAUGAGUCGGAGCCCCCGCAUUCUCAAUACAAAACUACUACUGAAAUACUUUAGAAGUAGCAGGGCCGGCGGAACGCUUUUUCCGAGUUGGUAGUAAGAUUCGGAGUUAUUUCUACCUGUAGUGACGAAAGUUCAGACAUGGCGUGUGUAAGUGAAAAUAAAAAUUCCCGGUUAAUAGCUGGUGUCUAUUUGUAAACACCCUUUGUUAGCGAGCUGUAUGACCGACGGCUCAGCGAAAAUGUGUUUGUUGAUUAGUGAUACUACAAAUGUUCCACAGCUAAAUACCAAAAACUUCAUUCUUCUAAAUUUUGUUGCAAUAUGUUACGUUCCAUCUAAUACACCUUCCCGGCCUCUGGAUGGUCUACUUUCGGACCAAAGAUAAGCCAUUUAACAUUAUCGAUAUAUGCGUGAUCUAACUAAACAACACUCGGCCUUGUACCAAGCAUUAUCUUGUCUAUGUACCUGUCCGGAAUGUGGGAAUUGAUGGUGUAGUCUUUGACAGGGACUUGCUCCUCCAAGAGUCCUUUGCUUCAAUCAGUAAAAAUUCUGGUUUGCAAUCAAUUGCAUUCAGCAAAAAUCGAGGAAGUUAAGAAAACAACUUAUUUUCCAUCGGCCUCAUUCCGAGCCUUUCACCGGAUCUGCUUCCAAACUUUGAUCUUUUGAAGAGGACUCGUCUAACUGUUCGAUUUUUUGUGCCGCGGGACAUGAACUGCCGUCGUUGCAAAUAAUUGCGCUUACAGCCACCUAUUGUAGAAACAAACCACGAUGUGGAAAAUGUGAAGAGAAUAGAAACUAGCAGGAAUUUACACAUGGGACAUUAAAAAACCUGUGUCCUAAUAUUUCAAUCCCUAUAUUUUGUCCAGGUUUUACACAAUGCAAUGCGAAUCAACACAAGAAAUUCCUCCUGUGGCAGCAUACAAGGUUUUGGCUGGUUUGAUUCUCGACAUUGCGAUUAACGCUCCUCCAACCGUGCCAGUUUUAUUUACAC